AGCUAGCAUCUCAGCCGUCCGACUUGUCUGUGCCGCGCUCACGCUGACGGAAACGUCUCUGGCGUUUGGCAGAGAAAUUCCAAGCGAAGGAGGCAACCCGCCCUAAUGGUCACAACGGCAGGCUAAAAGGAAAAGGACCCCGGUGAGCUAGCCAAAAACAAGGAAGAACCAUGAUACGACGGGAGAGCAAGCGGAGAUCGCGGACCGAGGCCGCUGGUAGGAUGGAUUCCAGCACCCUCCCUGGAGCCAGUAAGAUCUACCGGCGGAAAAGCCGACGCCAUAUGACCUGCCCCAACCCCCGGGAGAUCAACCAGGCAUUGGCCUGCAUCAGCCUGGGAGAACUGAACCGUUCCUGCACUCUGGAGGAGCUGAUUGAGAAAUGCCUUCGCUCCUUUGAUAUAGACGGCAAGCUGUGCACCAGCGACUUCAUGGUGAACAUGACACUAACCGUUCAUAGUUGGGUCGUCCCGUCUGCAGAGCUCGCUCGACAUCUUUUGACUUUAUAUCAGGAAUCAGCUCAGGACAAGAAUCCUUCACGUCAGCUGAAGAUCUGCCACUUUGUCCGCUACUGGCUUGUGAACUAUCCGGAGGCUUUUCACCUGGACCCGCACUUGGAGGAGGUGAUCACAGAAAUCUUGGAGGUGGUGAGGAGCCAAGGCCCAGCAGGACACAACAACAUGCUCGAUACAACCUGCAUGGUGAAUCAUACCUGGAACCGUUCCCUCAGUUGCCAACACAGUCCUGCCGGUGGCAAGAAACGCAAAGUCUCUCUCCUCUUUGAUCACCUGGAUCCAGGUGAACUAGCCGGCCAUCUCAGUUACCUGGAAUUCAAGGCAUUCUGCCGUCUUUCGUACUUGGAUUUCCAGAAUUACGUGCUGCGUGGAUCUGUGCACGGCAUCUCAGCCUUGGAACGUGCCAUCACCCUGUUUAACAGCAUCUCCCAGUGGGUGCAAGUGAUGAUCCUCAAGCGUCCCACACCUCAGCAGCGAGCAGAAGUCUUCACCAAGUUCAUCCACGUGACCCAGAAGUUAAGGCAGCUGCAGAACUUCAACACGCUCAUGGCGAUCGUGGGAGGACUUUGCCACAGUACUAUUGCUCGCCUCAAGGAGACCCAUGCGCUUCUACCUUCCGAGGUCGUCAAGGUGCUCGCCGAGAUGACCGAAUUGCUCUCAUCUAGUGGAAACUAUGGGGCGUACCGUCGGGCCUACGCCGAUUGCAAAGACUUCAAGAUCCCCAUUGUGGGAGUCCACCUCAAGGACCUGGUGACCUUACACGAAGCCCUCCCGGAUCGUGUAGAAGGUGGACGUCUCAACUUGAGUAAGCUGCAGAGCCUCUACGAGCCGGUGUGGGAAUUCCGGAUGCGGCAACGGGCUCAGCCGCCCUUCGAAGCCAACAAGGACCUGGUGCAUCUGUUGACGCUCUCUUUGGAUCUCUACUACUCCGAGGAGGAAAUCUACGCCCUCUCGUACUCUCGUGAACCUCGCUGCCUCAAAAUGCUGCCAUCCACCCAAUUCAAGCCUCCGGUGGUCGUAGAGUGGGCGCCCAGAGUAGCCACCAAGCCGGACCGUCUUGCCGUCAAGAGGCAUGUCCAGCAGAUGGUGGAGUCCGUGUUCAAGAAUUACGACCCUGACCAACGGGGUUGCAUCUCUCAGGAAGAUUUUGAGACCAUAUCUAUGAGUUUCCCGUUCUCCUUCUACGGCCUGGAAAGAGAACGGGAAGGAACCUGGAACCGAGACGACCUCUCGGAGUACUUCAUGAGGGCCUGCGCCAUCUUCUCCAAGCUGGGCCUGGUGGUUUUGCACGAUUUCCAAGAGGUCACCUUUAAGAAACCCACUUUCUGCGACCACUGCAGCGGCUUUCUGUGGGGAGUCUCCAAGCAAGGAUACCGCUGCAGGGAUUGUGCCAUGAUCUGUCACAAACACUGCAAGAACCAGGUGGAGGUGGAGUGCCACGCUCGCCGCUUCCCUUCCUCCUCCUCCUCCUCCGACAGCACACCGCGCGCAUCCACAGCCACGCUGGCUAUGAGUCACCAUCCCAGCUCCGGUAUGUGGCCGUUGGGGUAAAACAG